AUGACCUUUGAAGGUUUUGAUAUGACGGUGAGAAAUGCUUCACGGGGUGCUGACUCUAGUGUUGGUGUUACUGAUCAUGCACCUAGAAAAGGAAUGUUUUUUCCCUUCCAACCCCUUUCACUUGCAUUCAAUCAUAUCAACUACUAUGUGGAUAUGCCCACUAGCCAGCAUUGCUUGUCAAUCAGUAUUAUUUCUCCAUUAUGCCAUGAAGAUGAGAGUUCAUCCUUGCUGCAGUUCAAGCAUAGCUUUUUUAUUAACAAGUCUACUUCAAAGGUUGAAUCAUGGAAGAAGUUCAAAGGAAAAAGCAGUGAUUGUUGCUUAUGGGAUGGCGUCGAGUGUGAUCACGACACUGGUCAUGUGGUUGGCCUCGACCUCAGUAGCAGUUUUCUCUACGGUUCUAUCAACUCCAAUAGUAGCCUCUUUAACUUGGUUCACCUUCAGAGGCUGAAUCUUUCCGGCAAUCACUUCAAUUUUUCUCAAAUCCCACCUAGAAUCGGAAACCUUUCGAAACUAACUAGUCUAGACCUAUCCUACUCUGUAUUUUUUGGUCAAAUUCCUUCAAAUAUCUCAAAUCUUUCAAAGUUGGUUUAUCUCAAUCUCUCUGGAAAUGUUGUUGACUGGAAUCAUGUAAGCCUUCUGAAACUUAAAAAACCCAAUUUGAAAGACCUAGUUCAAAAUCUUACCAAUUUGAAGGUACUUGACCUCAGUUGGGUGAAUAUGUCUUCUACAGUGACUCGUGCUUUGUCAAAUAUGUCUUCACUAACAACUCUUCUUCUUAAGAGUUGUCAGUUGUAUGGUGAAUUCCCAACAACCAUUUUUCAACUACCAAACCUUCAGAUUCUAAGCAUGGGAAACAAUGACGAUCUCACUGGUAAUCUGCCUGAACUUCAGCUUGGUAGUCCCCUAAAGCAAUUGGAUUUAUCAAGAUGUCAUUUUUCUGGGAUGCUUCCAGUUUCGCUUGGUAGUGUGACCAAACUCACCCAUUUGGACCUUAGUUGGAACCAAUUUUGGGGUCAAAUUCCUGCAUCGUUAGGAAACCUAUCACAACUAACUGUCUUAGUCCUUGGUGGAAAUAAUUUUGAUGCACCAACCUUCCCUUUGACACUUGGUAAGCUAUCCAAACUCAAUGUAUUAUACCUUACAUGUAUGAAAAUACGUGGUGAGAUACCAGAGUUUUUAGCUAACCUGACCCAGCUAUACGUUUUGUUUAUCGAUGCAAAUGAAUUAGUUGGUCAAAUCCCAUCUUGGCUUAUGAACCUCACCAAAUUAACGGGUCUAGACCUCUCAUACAAUCAACUACAUGGCAUGAUUCCAAGCUCAAUAUCUCAACUCAAGCAUCUUGAAUAUCUUAAUUUUGUUGGAAACAACUUGAGCGGUAAAUUGGAGCUAGACAUUUUUUUUAAGCUCCAAAACCUUAUUCUAUUGGAUUUGUCACACAACAAAUUAACGGUGUUUACCAAAAAUAUUACCAAUGCUACUCUUCCAAAGUUUAUCAUUCUAGGAUUGGCAUCGUGUAACAUGAAGGAGUUCCCCAAUUUCCUGCGAUUCCAAGAUGAAUUAGAGGUUUUCAACUUUGAUAAUAACAAAAUUCACGGUGAAAUACCAACUUGGUUUUGGAACAACACUAAAGAAUCUAUGCGAGGGGUCAGCUUUCGGAACAACUUUCUGACAGGUUUUGAACAACAUCCUGAUGUCAUUCCAUGGCAGUCAUUAGUAUAUUUAGACCUCAGUUUUAAUAGACUGCAAGGAUCACUACCAAUUCCACCACCGUCCACCGUUCUUUAUCGGGUCACUGGUAACUUAUUAUUGGGAGAAAUUUCACCAUCAACAAUCUGCCACAAUAGUUUUCUUCAAAUUCUUGAUUUGUCUUAUAACAACUUAAAUGGCACAAUUCCUCAAUGUUUGUCUGAUUUCAGUGAUUCUCUGUUAGUGCUCAAUCUAAGUCACAACAAUUUUCACGGCAAUAUUCCUCUCAUGAUGGGGAUCAACUUGAAGAUGAUUGAUCUAAGUCAAAAUCAUUUUCAUGGUCUGGUGCCAAAAUCAUUGCAAAAUUGUACACUGCUUGAGAUUCUCCUUCUUGGAAAUAAUCAAGUGGAGGGUACUUUUCCCUCGUGGUUGGGAGCUCUUCCUAAGUUACAAGUUCUUAUUUUGCGAUCUAACAGAUUUCAUGGUGCCAUCACUGUUGCUGAAACCAAUUUUAAAUUUCCAAAGUUGCGGAUCAUUGACCUCUCUGACAAUGGUUUCUCAGGUAACUUACCGUCAGAAUACUUCCAAAUCUGGAAUGCAAUGACGACGAAUGAAAGAGAAAAGUUGACAUAUAUGGAGGAAAUGAGUCAAAGGGUCACCAGCAAUAUAAUGCUUAGGAUGAGGUACAUAUAUUCAGUAACAAUGGAUAACAAAGGCACCCAUAGAUUAUACGAGAGGAUCCAAAAGGCCUUCAUAGCUGUGGAUUUGUCAAACAACAAAUUUGAAGGGGAAAUUCCAGAAUCUCUUGGAAGGCUCGGUGGACUUAAAAUGUUAAACCUUUCCAACAACAAUCUCACUGGUGUCAUCCCGUCAUCCUUGGCAAAUCUGACACAGCUGGAAUCAUUGGACCUUUCGCAGAACUUUCUCUCAGGAGAGAUCCCUCAGCAAUUAACCCGACUCACUUUCCUUGAAGUCCUAGACGUUUCUCACAACCAUCUCACAGGUCGUAUUCCUCGAGGGAAUCAGUUUGAUACAUUUGAAAACAAUUCAUAUGAUGGGAAUUAUGGGUUGUGUGGUUUCCCUCUAUCGAAGUUAUGUGGAAAUUCAGAGGUCUCACCACUACUAUCCUUGAGCUUUCAUGGUGAUGAUUCAAAGUUUCCAAGUGGUGUUGUUGACUGGAUUAUCAUAUUAUUGGGUUAUGGUAGUGGGCUAAUAAUUGGGUUGGUUAUUGGGCACACUCUCACCACAAGGCUUAUUCCACAGACAUUCAGUACAGGGAUCAGUUUGACAAUGAUUGAUUUAAAUCGAAAUAAAUUAUAUAGGCAAGUACCAAGAUCAUUGGCAAAUUGUAUAAGGCUUAAGAUUCUUGUUUUUGGAAACAAUGAGAUUGAGGAUACUUUUCUCUUUUCCUUGGGAGAUCUUCCUAAGUUACAAGUUCUUGCUUUGCAAUUUAACAGAUUCCAUGGUACCAUUGAGAAUCUUUAA